UUAGGAUACCACUAACCGAUUGCGGAGAAUCCAAGGUGCUUUUUAGGUUGCAUUACUAGACUGAGGGGUUGUGACUCAACAACGAGAGACCUGUUUAUGACCGAUAACACUUAUUUCUCGCCCUCACCCUUCGUCUUCCAUUCUACAUCAUUGUCCCAAUAGCAGCAUGUCACCAAGCAACGAAAAGUACGUCAUUUUCGACAUCGUCGGGACCUGCGUCUCAUACGACAAGCUUACAGAAGCACUCGAAAAGCAACUCGGUAAAAAGCUGCUGGCCGAGAAUGUAAAGCCAAGUCUUCUCGUGAACACCUGGCUAGAGGCUGGAGAACGUGAAUAUACAUACCUCUCUAUGACUGGUAGAUACGUCGCAUUCGACAAAGUGUUUUCGUCUCUAUUUUAUCGCAUGCUUUGGCUCGCCGGCAUCGAGGAACCACGCUCCUUCGCAACUGAGGCUGAUAUCGAGAAGAUUACGCAAGGCUACAUGGAGCUUGAGCCAAGACCUGACCUCAAGGAGUGUUUUGAUAAGCUUCGAGCAGCGGGAUUCACGGUGCGUGGUCUGACAGCUGGGGACUUCGACAGAGUGCUUGGAUACUUUGAUAAGGCGGGUAUUGAGUUUCCAAAGGAGCACCUGAUGUCCUGUGACUCAUUUGGAGUGGGUAAGCCGGACCUCAAGGCAUAUGCCUCGACUUUUGAGGAGUUGAAGGGAGCAAAGGAGCUUUGGUUCGCUGCGGCCCAUAUGUGGGACGUGAGCUCAGCUAAGCAAGUCGGAUUCAAGAGUGCCUAUUGUUCUGUGCUGGAAAAAGAGCCCUGUGUUGACAUCUUUGGGGAGAUGGAUGUCAUGUCGGAUACUCUGAGUGAGAUGGCAGAUAAGAUUAUCCAAGCCUCUUCUUAAGCUGUUAGAAAUGAUCAUAGAGGUUGAAAUGCGAUGUAAACGAUGCUCAUUUCUGUCCCGAAUCCCAAUCCCCAAGUGUCACCAUGGUCUGAGCCUUGGAUGUGAGAAACUUGAUACUACUUCGAGCCGGCUACUUAGGCCAACUGCAGAGAGCCUUACGCAUUCUUCAACGUCGACGUUUGCGUCGCGUCGAGGAAGGCGUAUUCAACGGCACCAGUCUGGCCCUCAAUAACCAAACUCAAAGUAGAAGGCUGUUCCUGUCACAGUUGAAACAAAAAAAGAUAAAGAUAAAGUUACAA